CUCAGCUACCGCGGCGCGCUUCGCAGGAGUCACAUUCGAUUCGUCCCAUCGGCAGAAGAUCGUUCACUGGAUAACUCGACGCAGCUCAUCCCACGGUACUUCGCCGAGGACUUCAUGACGGAAAUUGCGACGGUGGCACGGGGUAUACGGGGGGGAGGGUGGGGAAUAUAAUACCUCCCCCCGGAUUAAAGGAAAGAGUUGGUGUGGAAAUGCUAAGUAGGGAGUGGACGGGGAAGUUAGCCGCGACUUUCCUAGUCAGCUUACUAGGAGUCGCGGCUUUGCCCAGCCCUUAUGCUGGUUUUGCAUUAGAGGAUAUUAGGAGGCCAAUUUAUCGAGGAAAUGACAGGACCAGAGAUCUUAAGAACGAGAGCAGGAUCGUCGAGAGAGGUGAGGUCGCUGCAGCGUUGGGCGCUGAGGACGGGCGAGCAGUCAGCGCUGUUAAUCCUGCGACGACAGCAGCUCCGAUCGGCGAAUCGUUCAAGACUGUGACGAAACAGUUGUUACAGGCUCCCAGUGCGACGGACAUGGUCGCAACAGAUGUACGCACACCUCCGAGGGUGAAAUCUCAGCAUAAGAUCGCUCAGGAAGCCAACCCUGGUUUCGUCUCCCACGGUAAAGGCGAGGCUUCCCCCGUUGCCAUGGAGGAGUCUUCCGCUUACGAGGUCGUGACAGCGUCUUCUCCCAAGCCGUCGACCCAAUCCCCAGGAGGAAUUUCCACUUGGAUUUUAUUGAGCAACGGAGAACAAAGCACGAUUGCUUCGAAUAAGAAGAAACCUGCUGUACUUCCAACGGCAGAUCCUAAAAAAUCCACAUCUUCAAUGCCCGAAAAAUUAACAAAGAAAGAAGAUAACACUGUACCGAAACCGCAGGUCAAGCCGAGCUUACAGAUGAAAAGGCAAAACACGACAAAAGAGAGCCCGUCGAAAGCGUCGCCUAUAGUUCUUCAAGAUUCGAAAUUCAAGAAUAGAACCCCCGUUGUGGUGGGCAGAGUACCGGCUCCACAGAACAAAACGGAAACAUACAAAAAACCCAACAGUGGACCGCCUGCGGUGAACUCGACUUUGACCACUACUCCGACUCCGAAGAAAAAGCCUAUGACUGUUAGCCCUACGUCUCCGACCAAGUACGUUCCUGAUAUCGUACCGACGACGUCUCUUGUAGUCGAGAGCGAUCCGAUCGGUGCCCUGGAAGAGACUACGACUACUGAAACCCCGAACACGACUAAAAGAACGAGAAGACCUUCGAAUAAAAAGAAGAAGAAAAACAAAAAUCGCCGACGCAGACCGUCUAAUCCCGGUAGUGAGACAGCCGAAAGCAAAAUCCAGGAAACGUCGGUUGCAUCCAAUAAAAUAGAAACGAACAGACCUAUUUCUACUAGGAUUUAUAACUACCUGGCAAGAGAAGUGAUGCCGAGCGUCGGCGUCGGAAUAGUGGGCUUAGUGCUUACAGCGGGUCUCGCCGGCUUAUUUUUGUAUCCUUUCGGGGGAGGAAUAGCAAGAAGAAAUUAUGAUAAAGGAACCGGGAGCAUGAACGAUCAUCACAUGUAUUAUUACAACAAUUACGCGCCUCCCGAAAAGGAGUCGUCAAACGCUCAACCCGAAGAAAAGGUAUUCGGUCAGGUUUUGACCAGCAUGAGCCAAAACGCUUACAGCACCCCGUUCGAUUCUACUAAAUACACGGCCAGUAAUAACAAAUAUCGAUAUGAUUUGCACGACUACAGCGUGGGGAAUGUGAACGGUUACGCCGGCAGCAACGAUUAUUCCACACUGCCAGAUUCUGUUAAGAACGGCGAUUACUCCUUACCAGAUUCGAUAAAGACUUCCGAUUACGGAGUCCACGACAAAAUAACUGGCGACUCUUACAGCUCUGCACUCAGUUCAUCUCAUGAGCCGGUUAAAACUGCACCUGACUUUUCUAGACCGGACGUCAAAACCUCAGAUUACAUACCUGAAUCUUCCAAAUUUUACAGCAUGGACCCCGUCAGCUCACACUACAAAUUAACAGACACCUCAUCGAAUGUUGAUAAAUAUCCAAGUUUCACCGAGUACACGUCAUACACAAAUCCGGAAUCUGUCGGAACGAGUAAUUAUGGAGCUGGCGUUCAACAAAACAAGACAGACGUUCCAGUCGGCGAGGACAAGUCGGACAAAAGCCAACCGCAGUUCUCGGCAUUAGUGGGCACUCCUCAGUUCACAAAUACUGACUUUGUCAGCUCGAUUUCUUUGACGGGGGGUUACGGGACCCAGGAUGUCCACCAUAGAACUGUCGCUUUGGCAUCCGAUCACGGCCCGAGAAGCCUCAACAGCGAACCGAAAGAAACACACGAGAAAAAUAUAUCAAAAAGAGAUGUUCAUGACGAUUUUUCUAAUGAAAUCGACGACUCCGACGACAAACUUUCAAAGAACCCACAAGUCACCACAGCGUCGAAUCAGAGCACCAAAACCGAUCAGACGACUUUUUCACCCAUCUCGACAACCGAUCAUGACACUCCAACAACUAAAGAACCGGUGGCGACGACAGAAAACGCCGCUGACUCAACCGACACUUCAGAGACGACUGUGAAUCCACUGUUUGGCUCUUCGGACGAAACCAAUAAAUUCGGCGACGUUUCGACAGAACCUCCAAUUAGCGACAAUGCUCACAACGGCGGCUUUUUGGGAUUUUUAGCCAGGUUAGCCCAGCUUAAAUUACAACUGGGAAUCAGCAUACUCAAGACGACUGGGGAAGCCUUCCAGAGGUAUUUGAACACCAUGGCUAAAAGGAUGGAAAACGCAGUUAGGACUAUGGAGAAAAAGAGAAUGUCAUACCAAAAUUGGCUACAGCACGAUAAUAACAAACGGGAAAGGAGAAAUGCCUUUUAUCAAAAAAGGAUAUCGAAAAAAUACAAACAAAAUUAAUUUAUUCUUAUUUAUUCAUGAUUUGCAACUCCAAUUUUAAUUUGAAUCACUUGUAGUCGUUAAAGCUUUUUAUGAUUUUAAAAGCCAUACCUUAACAUUUACUGUAAAUAUAUCGGCUUUAGAUAAUCAUAAAGACCUUCAAGAUAAUAUUUACAUUCUUGGGACUGAUUUAAUUGUGGAAAAGUACAUCAAGACGUGUCUUCAGGAUGAAUUCCUCUUCAAAUUUAGUCUUAUUUGUAUAACUGGUAUGAGGGGUUCUUGCUGAUAGCAAUUCUUAUCAUUCUUUUCAAUUUAGUUUUAUAAAAACGUUACCUGAAGUCAAGACGUUAUUUAUUCUCCAAUUCAUCCUUGAAAUUAUAAUAUUGGACACGAGAUAAGGGCAAGUUCUCGUGAUACAAUUUCUGAAUGAAUCAUUGGUCACAAGGAAUACAUUGGGAAAAUUAAUUUUAGCAAUGACUGAACAAUGUUUUUGUGCACACAUGGGAAAAAUGUUAACUACAAUGCACAGUGGAUAGCAAUGUAUAUAGCAAUUAAGUAAUAAAGUUAUUUGUACAAU